GUUGUGACGUCACGGCGCGUCCGCCAGCUGAGCGUUCGCCCGGAAGUGAUGCGGCGGAGGCAGAGCCGGCCGGAGCCGCCGAGCUUGAGUCAGAUAAUUACAGAUCUGGGUUGAAACCUUCCCGGGGAGUGAUCACAAAAGCCAGGAUUUGCAGACGUGCUCCCAUCGCUCACUCGCACCUUGGCUUCCCCCCUCCAUGGGAAAGGUUGUGGAACCUCCUGGCUGUUGGAGUCAGUUGAUAUCUUACCUGAGUUAUAUUCAGCUGAACAUAGUGGAUGAAGGCGCCUCAGACACUUCAAGCAUUAUAUGUGGAACCCAGGGAGCCUGAAGGAAGCUGUGAAGCUAAUGGAAUGAUUCCCUGUGUAGCUGAAACUACGAGUAGGAUUGUGCUCUGAAAAUCUCAGCAGAGAGGAGGAAGGAAGAACUUACUGCAGGGAAGAGCAGUGCUGGCAGUGCCCAGGCAGGAACUGUUCAGGUGCAGCACUGGGCUCCUGGUUAGCUGAGUGCUGCUAAUGGCAUGGUGAGAUGUGUUGAAGAGCAGCUGCGAGGGUGUCCAAGGGCAGGGGGACUGCGCUAGGAGCUGGUGUGCAACAUCAUGGGCCAGUGCGUCACCAAGUGCAAGAAUCCUUCUUCCACCCUGGGCAGCAAAAAUGGGGAAAGGGAAUCCAGCAGCAAGUCCCACAAGAGAAGUGCAGUCCACAAAGACGACCAUGGCUCAGCUUGUGGGAAGGCUUCAGGAGACAUCCUUGUGAAUGGGACAAAGAAAACGGACACUGCUUUAGAGUCCAGUCAGCCCCCGACGUUUUCUGGAGACACAAAGAAAGACUCUGUUUGCAGCGCAGAAGAAUCUUCACUCCAAAGGAUUGGGGAGUUGUUUAGGAGGUACAAGGAUGAACGGGAAGAUGCCAUACUGGAAGAAGGGAUGGAACGAUUUUGCAAUGACCUCUGUGUUGAUCCCACUGAAUUUAAAGUACUAGUUUUGGCUUGGAAAUUCCAGGCUGCUACCAUGUGCAAAUUUACAAGGAAGGAGUUUUUUGAAGGCUGCAAAGCAAUAAACGCAGACAGCAUUGAUGGCAUUUGUGCAAGGUUCCCCAGCCUCCUAAACGAAGCCAAGCAGGAAGAUAAAUUCAAGGAUCUCUACCGUUUCACCUUCCAGUUUGGCCUGGACUCUGAAGAAGGACAGAGGUCGCUACAUCGGGAAAUAGCCAUUGCCCUUUGGAAAUUAGUCUUCACCCAAAACAAGCCCCCUAUUUUGGACCAGUGGUUACACUUCCUAAUCAAGAACCCCUCAGGAAUCAAGGGAAUCUCCCGGGACACGUGGAACAUGUUUCUAAAUUUUACUCAGGUGAUUGGACCGGACCUUAGCAAUUACAGCGAGGACGAGGCCUGGCCGAGUCUCUUCGAUACCUUUGUGGAGUGGGAAAUGGAGCGAAGGAAAAAGGAAGAGGAAACCAAAUGUGUUUCAUCUUUGGACACAGAGGGCCUGUGUGAGGAACAGACUUAGCAGUGUCCAAGCAGCAGUGAUGAAAGCAACUUGUUGCCCUUCACAAAAUAUAAACUCUGGAUGUUUCUGGAAAUUACCGAGGCUCCAGAUUUUUCUACUUUACACCUUUUUCUGCCUUGUCUUUGAAAGGGCUCUAAAAUGCUGUAUCAUGUUUUAGGCACUUUCUUAAUUUUGGUUAUUCCUUUUACUCUUGCCCUGAAAUAUUUGACCCUGGCUACAAGUUAAGCGUUUUUGGGGGUUGUUUUUUUUUUAAGACUUCAGAUUAGUAUAAGUAAGUCUGAUAUUUCUUGCACAAUGUAGAUCUUUUUAGUUAGGUUAAAUUAACAUUGCUAAGUUAUACAGUGCCAGAUUAAGUUUUUCAUACUACAUCUGUCAGGGCAGGUCUGUACUGUGUGUAGUGCUGUUUACAUUGUUGAAAUUUUAGGCUAUAAUAAUUUUAAGGUUUUAUACCAAGAUGAACAGCAGUGUUAACUAUAAAUGCAUUAAUCCCAGGUAAUAAGGCUCUAAAAACCAACAUAAGCAACAGCUUUUUGUAAUAUGGCUAAUUCUCAUUUUGAGCUAACUCUUAGUGAAUGAGUCCAGAUCAUUCCUUUUUUUGGACUUUCAAACUAAAUGUUGGGAUUGUUUUAUAAAAUUACUGUACCUGUCAGUCAACUGAGUGGUAGAUGAUGAUUUGUAUCUAAAUCUCUUUACACGUUCGUGUAAUAAAAGAGCAGUACUACCUCAGUUUUAUUGAAAGUGGACUUGUUGAUGGACUUCCAUUUUCUCUGGAAGUUGUAUUUUUGUGGUUACAUGAGAAUAUUUUUACUUGACUAAAAGAACCAAAGGUUCUGCUUCUUAAGUUUGCUAAACAUUGACAGAAGCAACACACAAAUCCUAAGUCUUCAAGGAAAACUGUGGUAUAAUUCUGCUUUAAUUUGUUUGAUUUAUACCUAAAGUAUUACCUUACUUGUCUGGCAAGCACAGUACUUCUAUGUAAGGAACUAUCUUUUGCAUUAAUAUUGACGAACCAAUUUUUUAAAACCUAUGUUUAAUUGCUAAAUUGCAGUUAAUACUCCACACUUUCUGGAGAAACAAUAUCGGCAUCUGAUGACAAAGUGAAUUCUUAAUGUGUUCUUAAUGACAACAGUGUAGAUGAGUCAUUUUUAGACUGAUUUGAUAAUAUUUGGAUAGGAGUCAAUUUAUUAUUUUACAAUGCCUGUAUUGGGACUAUUUGCCUGUUGAAAUUGUUGUGACUUAAAGGGAGUUUUAUUAACACUGGUUGAAACUUUUUUGGUUAUUGAUGCUACCUUUUUCAAUUUUAGUAUGUCAACUUUUUUACACCUUUUGGUAAAAGGAAUGAUUGCCAAGGCUUUCUCUAUAGCCAAGUGCUGGCUUAGUUAAUUUGAUGAACUUCCGUUACACACCUUUUAUUUUCAGAGCUGCAUUCCGGGAUCAUAAAAUGACUUCAUCUGAAAAAACCAAACCAAAAAAAAAAAAAAAAAGCCUAGACAUUCAUCCAUAGCAUCUAAUGGCUUUUGUGCUGUAAGGGUUUUAAAGCUGAAGGGAAACAGGUUUUAACUGGUGAGCUUGUCACCAGAUCCAGGAUGUUGUGCUUUGCACAUGUGCUGUGCCCCAGAGGGGUUAACAGAGAGAGGAGCAGGAUCUGCCCCAGUUCUGGGACUGGCUUUGCUGGUGUGCAGCCUCUGCAAUAACUUGGCUCUGAGGUCAUAAAUCACUAACAAAAUGUGGGUAAUGGAAACUGUUUAAAAACAAACCCACAAGCCACAGAUAGCAUCUCUUUCAUCUAAUUAAAGGAGAGUUUGGUCCAUGCUGCUCUUGCUGGAAGACAAGCUGUGGAAAACAAAUGUGGUUGUUUUAGAUGCAGCUGAGUCUGUCCCUUGGCAGGAGAGCCCUGAAGUUGCUGUUUCAUGGGUAAAUAUGCCCAAAGCUUUGUCCUUGCUACUAUAACCUUCCAAGCUACUGUGGCACGAGCACUGUUUGGCAGCAAAACCUGAUUCUGGUUUGGUGAGCAGAGCAGGCCAAAGCACUUGUGCUGGUGUUGUUGAAUUUAUGGUGAGACUUUUGUUGGUGCUGUUACUUUUUAAAAACUAAAAUAAAUUCCCCAACAGAGGCUGCUUUGUUAGGAAAAGUUCCAAAAGAAGACUGUAUUUCUAAGUUUGAGACUUCAUUCGUUCAGCUAUUAAAAGCUUUGUUCGUCACUUAAGGGUUUUUUUUUCCUAAAGGAAAAUUAGAAUGUCCAGAGUGUGAAGACUCUUCAGUUGACAGCCAGUGCAUGCCUGCACACCAGAUCAGGGCAGGGGCUGCUUCUCAUUUACAUGCUAACAUGCAGCAGCUCCAAAGGAUGAGGGAUAGAGCUUUUUUAGGAAGAUGUUUAUCUUGUGGUUGGAAUGUGGACAGCAGGGAAGAAAUCAAUCUGUAGCACUUCAAGCUCAGCCCAUUUAAUGUAUCAGAUGUAAUACAGCUUCUUUUUAAGGCAGAGGUGAACACACAGGAAGGGAAAAUCUGGUUUCCUGUUGGGGAAAGGACCAUUGCCAGUGGCUGAGUUUCCAUGUGUUCAGUGUGGGGGGACAGCCCUACUCCUGCUCUUCUGCUUCCAGGAGCAGGAGCAACUCCACCCCCUGGACAGAAUACUUGCAAAAAUAGCCAAAUGAUCUAUCUAGCAAAGUACCACUUAUUUUUAGCCUAAUCUCAGUCUUUUAAUUACCAUUUACAGAAUGCAAACCAGACCUGUAUCAGCUUUAAGCUCUGAACCAGGAGCUGGAGGUGCAGCUCUUUGACAGUGCUGACAGUGAACAAGGCUGUCAGACCUUCCUUGGAUUGCCUGGUGAUUUUGGGAUCCUAAAUGAGACUCAGCCAUGCUCUGUAAUGCUGGGGUGGGGGACUGGGGUUUGCACAGGUUUCUGAGAAGUCUUUCAUAAUAUUGGAGCCUCUGAAAAUAUGUUUGUUUAAUGGUUAAACUGUGAAUAUCUGUGGAACAGGCCAAAUACAUUCACUCUUCAUUUUUAUAUAAUUUAAAUCUUUAUUGUGUAGGGCACAGGACUGUAAGUGAGCAGUGAUGCUGAUGAAAUCCUUGAAACCAUUGCAACUGUUUAAUUUUUAUUUUUUUUUUAAUUAGAGUAUGCAUUAGGGAACUUUAUGCAUGUAGUGAAUCUGCUGCAACUUGGGAUAAAUAACUAUAGGUAACUAUAUAGUUAUAGUAAUAUACUGGAAAACUGGUCUGACAUCCACAGUCUGUGGCAUUUUACUGCCUUCUCUUAUAUGCAAAGAAAUACAACUCCUGUACACUUUAGUCCCUGGUAAUAAAAGGCUGACCACCUGCACCAUAUUAUAGUUUGCAACACCUUUAAAAUUUGCCUUCCAGAUCAACUGGAGGCUCAGUUGUGCUAAAUUUUACUCGCAUGGGUGCAUUUCUGAGGUCAAAGACUGAUGACUGAUUGAUUCAAGUAAGGAUUUGAAAGGUCCUGCCCAGAGAACCUGACUGAGGAAAUGAAUUGGAAUUGAACACUGAAUUGUGAGUUUACUUACUGCUGGUGCUACUCUCCAUGGAGAAUUACAGCUUUUUAGUAUUGUGCAAUUGUAAUGAAAGAACCACAGGAAAAAUAAGUGCAGGUGUGGCAGGUGGUGCAAAAGCAGACAGCUGGAGCCUGCAGCAGUUGGGAAUGCUGGGAGCGGCUUCCCCAGGCUGGGCUGGCAGAUCUGCUCAUGGAUCAGCCUCUGGACCAUGGCAGCUUCUCAGCCAGGCACAGGUAGAGCGUGAGGGGAGUUCCCCCUGCUCUGCUGACUGUGAGUGACUCGGGUUGGGGCACAGAUGCAGUCCCUGCUCCCAGGGGCAGGGUGGGUGCCAGGUGGGUCAGGCAGUGCUGGGGCAGCAGCAGCUUUGCCUGUGUAACUUUGAUCAUUCACUCCUCCCAUGUCCACUAGAGCCUGAAGAACCCAUGGAUGCAGGACUAGGCUAUCAUCCAUGGUUCCCAGGUGUGGCUAUGCACUGCCCAGUGACCUUAGUCUUUUCAUGACACUGUCAACAUAAGUAUCUUCCUUACAGUUCUAAGCCUUGGUUCUAAAAAAAGCCCAGCAAAGUUAAAAGAAUCGCCAUGUAGUUAAUAGCCACCUCAGUCAUGAUAUUAUUUGUUGGCUGAGGUUACAUCAUUCCCAUUCUUUGGAAAAUAAUAGUCAUUGUGAGUUUCUGGGUCUUGCAGCCUUGUGUUCUGCAAUGUGAUCCUUUUUUAGAAGGUCCUCAGUAAAUUAGGCACUCAGUUCUUCCCUUGGGUUCACUCUGCUCAAAGUGUGUGCAUGUGAAUUUAGCUCUUCCUAUUAAAAAAGGAAGAUGCUUAACCUGAAACUCCAAAUUCUUCAGGAUAGUGCUUCAAUAUAGAGCAAAACGUGUUUUUUCAAAUAAGUAUUACAAGCAAAGUGUCUGCUUAAACUUUGUUGUGUGCAAACAAACCCACCAGUGUUAACAUUUUCUCUCUGGACUGUUGAAAAUCGAACCUUUGGUUUGAUAGUGUCAACUGAAGUGAAAUACAUGAGAUUGUAAGACAGAAAGAAGGCUGUAACUCCUUCACCAUGAAGUACAUAGGUAUCUCUACCUCUUGUUCUUAGACUUGAAUAGUUGAAGGUUACCAUCCUUUUGUCCCAGGAUUUUAUGCCUGGGUGAGUAAUCUAUUUUUUUUAAUUGACCCAAGUUAAGUAUUAUCUAUUUGCCAUAGUUUUUGGUAUACUGUGUUUAAUGUGUAUGCAAUGGACCCUUGGAAAGGGAGCCGGGUCAAGCUGCAAACCAGUGUGUUGGUCCUCCCGGGUGCUACUUUUGGAGUGCAAUAGAGUGGCCGAGCAGAGCUCCAUGGCCUGGGCUCAGGGGCCUCUGUCAGCACAUCCUCUUCCCUGCUUGGGCUGCCUGUACUGACAGUGAAUUGAAGAUGGAGCAGCUGCUCCCCAGGAGGGAGCCACCAGCCUUUUCGUUUGCCCUUGAAAAGCUUUAGGAACCCACCUGAUGCAGUGCCAUGAGUGUAUUUUUAUUUUAAUCAAAAAUACUGUGUUUUGUUCAUGUUGGACUGGACCUGUAACACCCAGCAAAGAUGGGAGCUGCAAAAGCAUAAAGGCUGCACUCAUCCUUUUCCUCUUGGAGAUCAGAAUCCUGCUCAGGAUAAAACCCCUAUGCCUGAGUAAAGCUGGAGUGUUCUCAAGGGCACUGGAGGUGCCAGAGUGGCUUCAGUGCUCAGCUGUGUUCAUUAAUGCAUUGAGGGGGGUGUGUUUUUUUCAUGCAGCACAUCUGUGUCCCCUGCUCUCCUUCCCCAAAGCAAACUACAACACAAUUACUGUCAUGGCAAAUCCCCAGGAGAUGCGAUGCUGUAGCAACUGUUGCUGCAAGAGUCUUCUUCCAGUGUGUGUGAGGGCUGCUUUUGGGGUGUGACCUCUUGCACUAUUAGGACGGGCGUGGGUUUCAAGAGAACAUGUGAGACAAUAGGUAAAAGGAGCGUGGACGUUCUUGUCCUGACAGCUUGCCUUAAAUCACUGACAUUGCAGCGGUUCCUUGCUACUAUUGCAAUCCUCAGUCUUUGAAAAUCCAGCAGGUUCUGUAGGUUAUACUAUUUUUGGUUUUAAUUUUUUAAAUAAGUAUCUAUCUUUGCAUAAUUGCACUCUUCAGAUAAGCCCUUUUUGGAUAACAUGUCAUUUCUCACACAGGAAAAAAAAAAAAAUCCAUCUCCAGUGUUUGUGUUGUAAAGUGGGGUUUUUUCCCUCCUGUAAAUUAUAUUUGGACUAAAGGUUGCCUACUCUUGAACCAGCGUGUUUACUUGAAUGUUGCCAUGUUAUGCAGUAACAGCUGCUGACUCUUGCUCUUCUCUGGGCCCAUGAGAGUGGAGAUCGUGUGACCAGAGGUGGCAAACCUUGCACAGAGGAUCAGUGGAGCUGAAGGCUGUGCUACUCCCAGGUGUAUUCCACAUCAGAGGACUGAAUAGUACUCAAUAUUUUGAAAUUGUGAUUUUUUAAGUCACGUUAAACAUAGUUAUCUUAAAUAUAUGCUUGCUUUCUUAUCUGUAAGUUUGAAAUAGUCUUUAAAAAGGAGAUGGACUGGCAGGAGUGGUGGGAGGGCUUCAUGCUCUUAGUUGUUGAGUAACUCAAGUUCCAGGAGCUCCAGGAUGGGACUGUCAGAAUUAGGUCCUGACCCAACACUGUUGGGGUUUGCACUGGCUGGUCUUGAGGGCAUGAAGCAAAUGCAAGGCCUUGAUGGGCUCCCUGGAGAAGGGUCAGCCUGGGAGAGCUGGUUGGUGCAGCUGGGUUUCUUUCUUGAGGCCCCAGUUUAGCCUCACGUCCCCCUCUGUGGAAGGAAGGCAUUUUGAUAGUGUUUGCUCCAGUGUAACCAAGGAAGUCCUGGGAGCACAGCUUUGUGUGGCUGUCACUGAUCUCAUGUGAACACAGCUCCCUGAUCUGUCUCUCGGCUCCUCAGUAACCAGCAAGGGUGGGCAGGGUCAAAUCUUCAUGCCAGGAGUGUGUUUUGCCUUUUAAGACUUACCAAGAGAGAACCCAAUUUUCUCACUCUGGGAAUGAUGAAUGUGUUGUGUGUCACAGAGCAGCCCCUGGUUCCCCUCUGGGCCAACAGUGUCAGAAAUGUAAAUGUAAUGCUUGAAAAUGGCUGGAGUAAAUUCUGUUUCCUGGAGGACCUUUUUUUCAAGGGGAUGCAGCCAAAUUUGAAACCAUGAUCUAGAGGAAAAGUGGGAGAAUUUCAGGACAAUUCAUCUACUGAAUCCCAUUUGGUUUUUAGUUUUACAGUUACUCUUCUUGUAUCAAACUUUGCUCACUGUUGUUGUCUGGAACAGAAUGAAAACAGCGUCUUAUGGAAUGUGCAAUCUAAGGCACAAUGCAAAUAGGGUGUGAUAAGAAGGUUGUCUUUACUUGAUAGCAAUCCUGAGUGCAAUGUUUUUGUUGUGUCCCUUUUGGAAGAAGAGCAUUAAGUGCAGUCUGAGGUGUUUUUUUUCUUAUAAGCAAAGCAUUGGUUUGUUCAUUACUGACUUCUUGUGAAAUUUGUGCCAGAUGUAUAUUAAAUAUUUUGGUGCUUUUUCUAA